AUGCGGUCUGCUGCCAAAAAUGACGGUAAAAGCUCAGCUAGGGCUGACAAGUAUCUGGACAGCCUGUCUGAGGGAGGAGGGACGAAUUUGGCGAGUGCAAUAGGAAAGACGCAGGGCGACGACCUCGGUAGUGUUAUGAUCUACUUUGAGUUCCGUCUCCACUUUUGGAAAGACGAUAUUAAAAAAGCUAUGUACUACUACUACUACUACUACUACUACUACUACUACUACUACUACUACUACUACUACUACUACUACUACUACUACUACUACUACUACUACUACUACUACUACUACUACUACUACUACUACUACUACUACUACUACCACUACUACUACUACUACCACUACUACUACUCGACUACUACUACUACUACUACUACUACUACUACUACUACUACUACUACUACUACUAUGUACUACUACUAUGUACUACUCCUACUGGCCACCAGUCUAUUAACAAGUGCAAUGAUCUUCCCAUUCAAUACAGCGUGCUGA